UUGUCCGGGCGGGCGGGAGGUAGCGGUUCCUGCGGCGAGGGAUGGAGGCGGCACCGGCGGGACGGCCACGCUCCCUCAGCAGAGCCCUGGCCGGGGAGCGCCCCGCGGGAUGCGGGUACCCCCCGGCCCCCUCCGCCCCGGCCGCGGCGCGGGUGCUGGUCAUCAACACGGGCGGCACCAUCGGCAUGGUGCAGGACGCCAAGGGACUUGCUCCUGAGGCCAAUAAAUUGGUAAACAGCUUGAAAAAAAUGCCAAUGCUGCAUGAUGAGGCAUAUGCCCAGGAAACAAUACUGGACAACUCCCAUGAAUUACCAGAGAACACACUGGUGCUCCCUGUCUCUAAGCAAAACAAAAGAAUCUUUUACACAAUCCUUGAGCUUUCACCAUUGCUUGAUUCUUCCAACAUGACACCAGAAGACUGGGCCAAAAUUGCAAAGAAACUUGAGGAGCACUAUGAAAAGUACGAUGGUUUUGUGAUCCUUCAUGGUACUGAUACUAUGGCAUAUACAGCUUCAGCCUUAUCCUUCAUGUGUGAGAACCUGGGUAAAACUGUUGUUCUGACAGGAUCUCAGGUGCCCAUAUACGAGUUGCAGAAUGACGGCCGAGACAACCUUCUGGGGGCAUUGCUGAUGGCUGGGCAAUUUGUGAUUCCUGAGGUGUGCCUGUAUUUUUAUAAUAAACUGUACAGGGGAAAUAGGGUGACUAAGGUGGAUGCUGGGAGUUUCAAUGCCUUUUCCUCACCGAACCUGCCUCCACUUGCAAAUGCUGAGGUUGAUAUUACAAGUAAGCAACAUCAUCUCUUAAGCCGUGUAAUUUAUGCCACAUGCAAUAGAACUAAAAAGCUGAAAAGGAUCUAUGAAGCUCUGUUUUCUGACCAUGAAUCCAGGCUGGUAUCAGGCCAACUACAUAACAACGGAACUCAGGUAAAAGCCUUUCUUCAACCUCCAAUUGAAGGCAUUGUACUUGAAACUUAUGGAAGUGGCAAUGCCCCAAACAACAGAGAGGACGUGCUGGAAGAACUGAAGAAAGCAACUGAACGAAAAGUAGUGAUUCUGAACUGUACCCAGUGCUUACGAGGGUCUGUUAAAACCGUCUAUGCAACAGGGCAGACUCUUGCUGAUGUUGGAGUAAUUCCUGGAGGUGAUAUGACACCAGAGGCAGCCCUAACUAAACUGUCAUACACGCUCGGCAAGAGAAACCUUAGCUGGGAGGUGAAGAGGCAGAUGCUGAGUGAGAAUCUAAGAGGAGAAAUGACUGUUGUACGCACGGGAGCCAAGAUCUCUCUGAGAGAUAGCAAGUUUAUACAAGUGAUUGCCAAAUCUCUAAGUAUCAGCAGCAAGGAGGAGCUAGAAGCCGCAAGAGAUGCAUUGAUUCCACCUUUGGCUUGUGCUGCAGCCAAACUGGGUGACAUAGACGCACUAAGAGCCAUAGCAGAAAUGGGUGGAAACCUGAGCUGUGGAGACUAUGAUGGCCGAACUCCACUUCAUAUUGCAGCCUCUGAAGGGCAUUUACCACUAGUUGAGUAUUUGUUGACGUCUGGCGCGACUGUUUAUGCUAGAGACAGAUAUGGAUCUACCCCACUGAUGAAUGCGAUCAGGUUCAGGCACAUACAAGUGAUUAAUUUGUUACGAGAAACGGGAGCGCACCUUUCAAGCCAGGACGUGGAGAACAUUGGAACAAUACUCUGCAGCCUUGCAGCUAAAGGCGAUGUGGAUGGGUUGUAUGCCUGGUCCUUAGCUGGUGCAGACCUGAAGCAAACUGGUUAUGAUGGCAGGAAUCCCCUACAAGUAGCAGAGGCUACAGGAAAGAAGGAGGUUCUUGAAUUCCUUAGACAAAAGCACUGAAGAAGAGGCUGCAGAAGAUGUUCAGUCAUCAUCAGAAUUACCAACUCGAAACAUUCAUGGUGUUAAAUCCUUCUGGGAGAGAAAGAAGAAGGGAACAAUGGUAGCUGUGCUUGGGGCAUACAGGCAAGCUAGAGCUUAGAAUGAUUCUUCAUUUAGAAUCACACUGUUUUGCUAAAAAUGAUUUGCUGAUUUAUCUUUUAAUCACUUUUUUUUGAAAAGAAAUUCUUUUAAACUAAUGAGGCUGGAAUAUAUUGUCAUUCCUGUACAACUUCUGUUUUUAUAGAGGCCUUUUGGAUAUUCUUAUGUUAGCUCACUAACAGUAUUGCAGGCACACCAAAUGGAAAUGCUGUGGUGAAUUCAUACGAAAAAACCCACAGUGGAUUGUGCAUUUCUGGGUUACAGCUAAUAAAAUCUCUGAGGAACAA